AUGUCGCCUUCACUGUCUGUUGGAACAGAGAAUGACAACUUCACAGUUCUCAAUCUGGCUGUGGCAGCUGCACCACAUUUCUACCAAAACUCAUUUAUUCAAGGAGUGCUCAACACCCUUAUCAAAAAGUCCAAGUCUUCUAUGUUCCAAACACGAAGUGUGAAGGAACUCUUGUGGGGUUACAAAGAUCCCUUCUUGAGUUUGAUUCCAUAUCCUAUAAGUACCACAGUUGGUAUGUUUUAUCCUUACAAUAACACUGUAGAUGGAGUUUAUAAAGUUUUCAAUGGAAAGGAUAACAUAAGCAAAGUUGCCAUAAUUGAUACCUAUAAAGGGAAAAGGAAUUUGUCCUAUUGGAAAAGUUAUUGCGACAUGAUUAAUGGCACAGAUGCAGCCUCCUUUCCACCUUUUGUUGAGAAGUCUCAAACACUGAGGUUUUUUUCCCCUGACAUUUGCAGGUCCAUCUAUGCUGUGUUUGAAUCUGAAGUGAACCUUAAAGGAAUUCCCGUGUACAGAUUUGUUCUUCCAGCCAACGCCUUUGCCUCCCCACUCCAGAACCCAGACAACCACUGUUUCUGCACUGAAAAAGUAAUCUCAAAUAACUGUAGGUCUUAUGGUGUGCUGGACAUUGGCAAGUGCAAAGGAAAGCCUGUGUACAUUUCUCUUCCACAUUUCCUACAUGCAAGUCCUGAUGUCUCAGAACCUAUCGAAGGCUUGAACCCUAACGAAGAUGAACAUAGGACAUACUUGGAUGUGGAACCCAUAACUGGAUUCACUCUACAGUUUGCAAAACGACUGCAGGUCAACAUACUGGUCAAGCCAGCUAGAAAAAUAGAAGCACUGAGGAAUCUGAAGAGACCUUACAUUGUACCUAUACUGUGGCUAAAUGAGACUGGGACCAUUGGCGAUGAGAAAGCAGAAAUGUUCAGAAACCAAGUGACCGGGAAAAUAAAGCUCCUGGGCCUGGUAGAGAGGGUCUUACUUGGUGUUGGAGUAGUGAUGUUUGUGGCUUUUAUGAUUUCAUACUGUGCUUGCAGAUCUAAGAAUGGAAAAUAA